ACGCUGGGCUAGGAGACAUUCCCAGGCAGGGUGGAUCACCAGCUGACGUCUCCUUGUUCCCUCCCCUGCUAUUGCUUUCAGUCAAACAUCAUCCUCGCCUUCAGGCAGCCGGGGGGAGAACACGAGCGUUCCCCACAAAAAGAGCAACUUGACACCCGUUGUCGCAGUUUGUGUCCGGCCGCUUGAAAAGACUUGCACACCCUCUCCUUCCCCGCUCCACACAAACACGCAGCAAUGGACGAAAAGGCGUUUACGAAGGAACUGGAUCAAUGGAUCGAGCAGCUCAACGAGUGUAAACAGCUGACGGAGGGCCAAGUGAAGAAUCUGUGUGAAAAGGCCAAGGAGAUCCUGACAAAGGAGUCAAAUGUCCAGGAGGUGCGAUGUCCCGUGACGGUGUGCGGCGAUGUGCACGGCCAGUUCCACGACCUCAUGGAGCUGUUCAAGAUUGGCGGCAAAUCCCCCGACACCAACUACCUGUUCAUGGGCGACUACGUGGACAGAGGCUACUACUCGGUGGAAACCGUCACUCUACUGGUCGCGCUUAAGGUACGUUUCCGCGAGCGCAUCACCAUCCUCCGAGGGAACCACGAGAGCAGACAGAUCACGCAAGUGUACGGCUUCUAUGACGAGUGCCUGAGGAAGUACGGCAAUGCCAACGUGUGGAAGUACUUCACAGACCUGUUCGAUUACCUCCCCCUCACUGCCUUGGUCGACUCUCAGAUUUUCUGUCUUCAUGGCGGCCUGUCGCCGUCCAUCGACACACUGGACCACAUCAGGGCGCUGGAUCGCUUACAGGAAGUGCCUCAUGAGGGCCCCAUGUGCGACCUGCUGUGGUCGGACCCCGACGACCGCGGCGGCUGGGGUAUCUCUCCUCGGGGGGCCGGCUACACCUUUGGUCAGGACAUCUCGGAGACAUUCAAUCACGCCAACCGCCUCACGCUGGUGUCCCGUGCCCACCAGCUGGUCAUGGAGGGUUACAACUGGUGCCACGAGAGGAACGUGGUGACAAUAUUCAGCGCUCCCAACUACUGCUACCGCUGCGGCAACCAGGCGGCCAUCAUGGAGCUAGACGACACCCUCAAAUACUCCUUCUUGCAGUUUGACCCGGCGCCUCGCAGAGGGGAGCCCCACGUCACCCGCCGCACCCCAGACUACUUCCUGUAACCUGUGACCUUUAUUUGAACAUCCUGUGGGUUACCGGUAUUGCCAAGAUAUGGAAGACGAGGGUGUCAGCCUUGAGUGGGCGGGGCUACACAGCAGCUGGACACAUUGUACAUUCACACAAAGACCUAUUUAUGCAUUUAGCAACAAAAGAACUAAUGCUCAGUCUAUGUGUGUGCGUGUGUGUGCGUGUGGACGGACCAAACAGUAUGUGCCAUCAUCACCACAAUAUGAAUUGCUGAGGUCUUGAGGUCGUAAAUGUCACACUACAUGAAGCAACUAAACUUUAUUGGAAAGGUUAUAUAUGUAUAUACAGUGGUGUGAAAAAAUGUUUGCCCCCUUCCCGAUUUCUUAUUUUUUUGCAUGUUUGUCACACUUAAAUUUUUCAGAUCAAACAAAUGUAAAUAUUAGUCAAUGACAGCACAACUGAACACAAAAUGACAUUUUUAAAUGAAACUGUUCAUUAUUAAGGGAGAAAAAAAAUCCAAACCUACAUGGCCCUGUGUGGAAAAGUGAUUGCCCCCCCCCUUAAAAUACAAUUUAACUGAGAUUAACUAAGAUCUAUCAGUGUGGAAAAGGUUAUUGAAGGCAUUUCUAAAGCUUUGGAACUCCAGCGAACCACAGUGAGAGCCAUUAUCCACAAAUGACGAAAACAUGGAACAAUGGCCGGCCAACAAAAAUGAUCCCAAGAGCACAGCGACGACUCAUCCAAGAGGUCACAAAAGACCCCACAACAACAUCCAAAGAACUGCAGGCCUCACUUGCCUCAGUUAAGGUCAGUGUUCAUGACUCCACCAUAAGAAAGACACUGGACAAAAACGGCCUACAUGGCAGAGUUCCAAGACCAAAACCACUGCUGAACAAAAAGAACAUUGAGGCUGGUCUCAAUUUUGCCAGAAAACAUAUUGAUGAUCCCCAAGACCUUUGGGAAAAUAGUUUGGUCUAACAAGACAAAAGUUUACUUUCUGGAAGGUGUGUGUCCCAUUACAUCUGGCGUAAAGUAACGCAUUUCAGAGAAAACAUCGUACCAACAGUAAAAUGUGGUGGUGUGAUGCCCCGUGUCUUAUGGUGGAGUCAUGAACACUGACCUUAACUGAGGCAGGUGAGGCCUGCAGUUCUUUGGAUGUUGUUGUGUCAUUGUGUAAUUUAAAAAACAUUUUGUGUUCAGUUGUGUUGUCAUUGACUAAUAUUUCCAUUUGUUUGAUGAUCUGAAACAUUUUAAGUGUGACAAACAUGCAAAAAAAUCAUUCGGGGAGGGGGCAAACACUUUUUCACACCACUGUAUAAUGCGUGUAUGUGACACACAUAUAUACAUACAUACAAGCAUACAUAGGAGAAAGGAUGAUCUGUUUGCACUUUUGUAAAUCUAAAGAAAUGUAACAUAUGAUUGCCGGAUGAAGAGAAUAUUUACAUUGUUUCCUUUUUAUUAUAUCAAGAAAGUCCCAAAUGAAGACAAAGGUUUUACAUGUGGUGUGUGUGUGUGUGUGUGCGAGAGGACGACAUGAUGAAGUGUUCAUCACAUUACACACUCUGAAGCAACCACAAGCCUGCCUGUAUUCAUAAUCCAGACAUUUGAAAUAAUAAAGAUAAAGGUGGCUCCUUCA